GUAUAAUCAAGCUUCAACCAUGCCGAAAAAUCCAAGCGGUGGGCAGCGAAACGGUGGUCCGAAGAAGCGCCAACCGGCAGUUGCUCUGGACGAGGACAAUCCCAUUAUUUUGGCUUUCACAAAGUAUUCGAACGAACUUACACAAAAACACGACCGUCAUGAGAGGAUUGUCAAGCUUAGUCGAGAUAUUACCAUUGAAUCGAAGCGCAUUAUCUUCCUGCUGCACUCCAUCGACUCGCGGAAGCAGAACAAGGAGAAGGUCCUCGAGGAGGCGCGCCAGCGUCUGAACAAACUGAUUGAGGUAAACUUUCGGGCCGUGGCCCUGGAGCUGCGCGACCAGGAUGUCUAUCAGUUCCGCUCGGCCUACUCACCGGGCUUGCAAGAGUUCAUCGAGGCGUACACUUACAUGGAGUAUCUGUCCAGCGAGGACGCGCAGAACAAGGCCAAGUGCGUUUCGGACUGGCAGGCUCUUCAAGCGGUGAUGCAGUAUGUCGAGGAUGAGAAACCCAAGCCAAAAGAUGAAGACGGAAACGAACUGGAUGAAGUGGUUUCAACACCGGCAGAAGAAAGCCUCAAGAAAUUCCAGUUUUUUGUGGACCCAACCGAGUACAUUUUGGGUCUCUCCGAUCUUACAGGAGAAUUGAUGCGUCGCUGCAUUAAUUCCCUUGGCAGUGGCGAGACGGACACAUGCAUGGAGACCUGCAAAGUCCUUCAGCACUUUUACAAAGGAUACAUUAGCCUGAACUGCCAGCGAGCCCGUGAAUUGUGGCGUAAGAUUACUACCAUGCGUCAGAGCGUUUUGAAAGCCGAGAACGUCUGCUACAAUGUGAAGGUACGCGGCGGAGAGGCAGCCAAGUGGGGUGCUACUUUUGACCAGAAACCAGCCGACGAUGUUGACGAAGGCUUCUACUAAAUAUAAACUAUUAUAUAUGUUUAUAAUAUAUAUUAAGUAAUUUGGUAUUUGAAACAACUUAGUCUAGAAUAGAUUAACAAUAAACCCUAAAAAAGGGAUGGAAUGGAAA